UUCCCGGGUCCUUCGCGUUCCAUUCCGUAGCCGUCCUGGCUUGGGGGCCGGGUGGGCCCGCUGCGUCCUCCACUCCGUGCUCAGACUUCACGACGCAGGCAAACCAUGGCAGAUUUCUCCCAGAAGCGGGGGAAGCGGCGUGGUGAUGAGGGCCUGGGCAGCAUGGUGGACUUCCUCCUGGCCAACGCCCGCCUGGUGCUGGGUGUGGGCGGAGCUGCCAUGCUAGGCAUUGCCACCCUGGCUGUGAAGCGGUUCAUCGACAGGGCCACUAGCUCACAGGAUAAGGAUGACACCAAGGGGGACAGCUGGAAGGAACUGAGCCUGCUCAAGGCCACACCACACUUGCAGCCCCGGCCGCCCCCUGCUGCCCUCAGCCAGCCUGUGUUGCCCCUGGCUCCCUUGUCCUCUGUUCCAGAGGGGCCUGCAGACACUGGUCCUCAGACUCCACCUCAGCUUAGCUCCCCAGCACCGUUGUGCCUGACCUUCCAGGAGAAGCUGCUGGCAUUCGAGAGGGAUCACGUCAUCAUCCCUGCAGCCCAGGUGGCUUUGGCCAAACAGCUGGCUGGUGAUAUUGCUCUUGAGCUGCAGUCCUACUUGCAGAACAAGUUCCCAGAACUGCCCUUUGGGGCGCUUAUGCCUGGGGGCCCUCUCUACGAUGGGCUGCAGGCGGGGGCCGCUGACCACGUGCGUCUCCUGGUACCUCUGGUGUUGGAGCCUGGCCUGUGGAGCCUGGUACCAGGCACAGACACUGUGGCGAGGGACCCCCGCUGCUGGGCUGUGCGCAGGACUCAGCUAGAGUUCUGCCCCCGAGGGAGCAGCCCCUGGGACCGCUUCCUGGUGGGGGGCUACCUUUCCUCUCGAGUCCUGCUAGAGCUGCUCCGCAAGGCGUUGGCUGCCUCCAUCAACUGGCCUGCCAUCGGCAGCCUGCUCGGGUGCCUGAUCCGGCCCAACUUGGCCUCGGAGGAGCUGCUGCUCGAGGUGCAGCACGUGCACCUGGAGCUCACAGUGGCUGUACUCAUGGCUGUCAUGGGUGCUGAUGCUGAUGGCCGCCUCCUCUUGGCCUGGCCCCUGGAGGGGCUGGCAGGUAACCUCUGGCUGCAGGAUUUGUACCCAGUGGAGGCUGCCAGGCUGCAGGCCCUGGAUGCCCAUGACACUGGGACCCGCCGACGGCUGCUCCUCCUACUAUGUGGUGUCUGUCGUGGCCACCUGGCCCUGGGGCGGCUGGGCCUGAGCCACCUGACCCAGGUGGUCCUACGUCUGGGGGAGGAAGAUGUGGACUGGGAUGAGGCAGCCUUGGGCCAGCGCUUUCUGCAGGCCCUGGAGCUGCUGCUUGGCAACCUGGAACAGGCCAGCCUUCCCUGCCACUUCAACCCCGACGUGAACCUCCUCAGCAGUUUACGUGAGGAGGAGAUUGAUGACAUUGGCUACACGUUGUACAGUAGCUUACAGGCACCUGAGGGGCUGCUCUAGAUGGCUGGGGAUAGGGUGGCUGGCAAGUUUUUUGAUGCUGGUGAACUGUACCUGACUCCUAGGGAUUUGGAGCAUGGGUUUCUCUUGCUUUUAGCCAAAAGAGAGUGCACUACUCCAAACCAGGGUAUUAGUGUGUGCUUGGGCUGUGAUCACCAGGAUCUCUGAGCACAGAGAACUCAGGUCACCAUCACUUGAGUGCAGUUGGGCUGCCCCGGCAACAUGGAGUGCCAGCCAUAUACAUAGCAGUCUCCUCCUCCCUUUGGAGUCAACCCCAGGACCUUGGGCUUGGUCCAUCAUCACCAGCAACAAAUCCACUGACCAGACAUGGCUCCUACCAUCCUAGGCAGGGAAGAAAGCCAGCUCCAUUUUUCUGCUGAUUUAACACUUUCCUCGGGUACCAGCUCCAGGCGUAGCGGAGCUGAGGUGUGCGGUGCCUGGUAGUGUCAUGUGUUCUGUUCCCUAGGGUCUGGGGUCACCUGGCAUCACCAGAAGACACCUUUUAGCUUGUUGAAGGAUGGUGAUUUCCUCGUAUCUUCUGUGCCAUUAGUUUUCUUGUUCUUCUCGAGCUCCAAGGUAGGAGCUCAAGGUGACUUGCUGCCCACCUAAUACCUCAAGGGAAGGUCCCCUUUCCCUCCAACUAGGUGAGUUUCCUCUUCAGGCAGCUGAGGGCCCGGGGAAAGCCUCUUCCUUGCUGGGGAAGCUGAGGCCCUGUGCUGCCUGCCUUGCCCACAGCAGGGGUGUCCCACUGUUGCUGCCCCUGCCCUGCUGGGGAGGAGAGGGUAUGCUCCUCCCAGAGAGGCCUGGCCUGGCCUCCAGUGUGCCAAAGCAAGCUGCUUUCAGCUGCCAUCUGCUCUGACUCAAGCCCAGCAGAGGUAGCAAAGGCCUAGAGGAGGAGCUUCCACCUUCCCUCUCCACCCCCCAUCUUUGUGUCCUUGCUGAAACAAAACUAUGCCUUGAAGAAUGUGAACAAGAAUAAAAGGAGAAAAUUCUAAUGUA